AUGAGCACGAAGGGUCCGAGUAUUGCACCAAGAAACUCGACUACACAGUCCUCUAUUGCAAUCGCAAGUGCCUCGGCGUCAUUAUCUAGUGGCUCCACUCCGCGCAGCGUGGCAAGCAGUCCUCAAAACAUUAACCCAGCUUCUCCGCCAAGCAUAGAGAACAACAAUCAAACUCUUAGCCGGCCCGCCAAUAGCAAUAUGACAACACUGAUAGUAACGUCUAAAGAAUGGGUGUUGCCCCCAAGACCCAAACCGGGCAGAAAGCCGAGUGUUGAUACUCCUGCUUCAAAGAGAAAAGCUCAGAAUCGAGCAGCGCAAAGAGCGUUCAGGGAAAGACGAGCUACAAGAGUUCAAGAGUUGGAACAGAAACUAAUGGAGGUGGAGAAAGAAAAGGAUAUCAAAGAAAUGGCAUUACUCAACACUAUCAAUAAAUUGAAAGCGGAAAACCAUUUUUUGUCAAGGAAUCUAGAUCAACUUAGACAAGACAUGAAUAUGUUUAGAGCUACCCAAGAGCAAAUGAAAACACAGAUGCAGAUGCAACUGCAACUGCAACUGCAACUGCAACCACCACCACCACCACCACAACAACAACAACAACAACAGAAACAAAAACAGUAUUCGCAGCAGGAUGAGCCUGUACUGAAUAUGAUUAGCCCAUUCCAAUCAAGCAGUAUGCAUCCAUUAAUUUCCCGUCAACAUUCGCAGCAGCAGCAACAUCAGCUUAAAACAACAAUAAGCAGUCAUUCUUCCCCAGCCAAGAAUAGUAUUUCUCCAUCUGGGUCAUCCUACUCACUACAACAGAUCUCACCAGCCCCAUCGGCGGACCUGUCUCCUCAGAAUACACUGAAUCAGAAUAGUGGAGUUUCAAACCAGACGUUGACUCCGCUUUCUAGUGAUACAACGCCCAAUAAACUUGAUCAAACUGUUGGUAAUGGCUCAACAGUAGCGUUGGAGUUUGACUGCGGCAUUUGUCUUAAGGAAGAAUGUUUGUGCGAGUCUAUUGGCUUGAAAGAAUCCAGCAGCAAAAAUGCAAUCGAGUUAGAAAAAGAGUUGACAGAACAGUUGAAAUCUUUUCAACCUGAACCGGCAGUAUCACUACCAAGAAAACGCAAAGCUACGAAUGAAGAGGAACCAAAGGAGAUUGAUUUUACAAUACAGUUCGUUUCCAAACCAAGACCCAUGCCUGACUUGAAGAAGUUGAAGAAGACCACAUUAUCAGAGUUGGCGCCGACCAUGACAAUGAAGUCGCCCAUAACUCAAGACACAUUUAAUGAGAAUUCGCCCGUGGAGAAUUGUGGUUUCUGUUCUGACGAUACUCCGUGCGUGUGUAAGGAAGCGGCAAAAGAAGCAGCAAGGUUGAAUGCUUCAUUAAAUGAGCUGGAGAAUGAGAUGAUCAUGGAAGAAGAAGAAUCUACGCAUUUUGAAAGCGAUAAAACGUUACCUCCUUUACAAUAUAACUCGAAUUGUAAUAAUAUAAAUAAAUCGUCAUUGCCAGUGAUGCACCCUGGUCCUUCGGUUGAAAUUAGGGAGAUUACUAACCUUACACCUGGUGCUGUUCCAGCAGUUAUACCACGAAGGAAAGAAGAAAACCAAGGUCAAACGUCUAGUAGCCAACCAGAAGACAAUAAUUCCGAAGACAACGUGUGUACAGGAAACCCAGGUAAUUGUAGGCAAUGUCAAAUGGAUCCAAUGUCAACUUUAUUCUGUACAACUGUUGCUUCCAAGAGCAAUGACUCUUCCAUACGGCCGAAUUUAUCUAGAAACAGUUCCAAAACAAUGUUACUGUUAAGCUUUGCCACAAACAAGAACGAAAACAGCAACAACGCGCAAAGUCCAAUACCCCCACCAUUAAUUGCUACUGGAAGUUACAAAAAUACAUCUACCUCCAACGCAGCAAGUCCAGGCUCUUCUACUAGUGGCAGCAUGUUUAUACCGUGUGCGGAUGCUUAUAAAACUUUAUCUAGACAUAAAAAGUUUAAUAGCGUUGACUUCAGCACCUUGGUUGGGAAAUUAACAACGAGAGGAAUGCAAGUGGAGGUACAAUCAGUUGCAAAUGUGUUACGUGAAUUAGAUAGAAGAUUGUAUAAUUAG